AUCCCUACGCUGGUAGGAUCCAUUAAUGGUACAAGCAGCAUCCUGCAGCACAAUGGUCGCAGGACGGUGAGCGCGCAGUGAUUCAGCAUCGCAACGCAGCCUUCCGCUCUCUAUUUUCAUUUUAUUCGCGUUUAUUUCCUUGUGACCGUUUUUCGUCCUCAUCGUGAUCUUUAAAACCGUGGCCUGCCGGGAUGCUUUGAAUAGGACUAGACUGUCACCGGACCGGGAUCGUCGGGCAUCUGGCACGGAAUGGUAUUUAUGAACAGACAUUUCUUAUAUAACUGCAGUGCUCCCGUCCUGGAUGUGAAGAUUGCCUUUUGUCAGGUGUGUGUUCCAUACAGGUCAAUUAAAAGGGGUUUGGCAAACAAGUUGAUGUUUCUUACAUUGCCCAGCAUUACAACAUGAGCAAAAGCAAAGUGGACAACCAGUUCUACAGUGUGGAAGUAGGAGAUUCCACCUUCACGGUUCUCAAACGAUACCAAAAUCUAAAGCCCAUCGGUUCUGGGGCUCAGGGAAUAGUGUGUGCUGGAUAUGACGCAGUCCUGGACAGAAAUGUGGCUAUUAAGAAACUCAGUAGACCCUUUCAGAACCAGACUCACGCCAAAAGAGCAUACAGGGAGCUGGUGCUUAUGAAAUGUGUCAAUCACAAAAACAUCAUCAGCUUAUUAAAUGUCUUCACACCACAGAAGUCUUUAGAGGAAUUUCAAGAUGUUUAUCUGGUUAUGGAGCUGAUGGACGCAAACCUUUGUCAGGUGAUUCAGAUGGAAUUGGAACAUGAAAGAAUGUCCUACCUUCUCUAUCAGAUGUUGUGUGGAAUCAAACACCUGCACUCAGCCGGCAUCAUACACAGGGAUCUGAAACCUAGCAAUAUUGUGGUGAAAUCCGAUUGUACGCUGAAGAUCUUGGACUUUGGGCUGGCGAGGACCGCCGGCACUAGUUUUAUGAUGACCCCCUAUGUAGUGACGCGAUACUACAGGGCUCCAGAAGUCAUUUUGGGAAUGGGCUACAAGGAGAACGUGGAUAUUUGGUCAGUUGGUUGCAUCAUGGGAGAAAUGGUGCGCCACAAAAUCCUGUUCCCCGGCAGGGACUAUAUCGACCAAUGGAAUAAGGUUAUAGAGCAGCUCGGCACGCCCUCUCCCGAGUUCAUGAAGAAACUGCAGCCAACUGUGCGUAACUACGUGGAAAACAGGCCAAAAUACGCCGGCCUGACCUUCCCGAAACUCUUCCCAGAUUGCCUCUUCCCUGCAGACUCCGAGCACAACAAACUCAAAGCCAGUCAGGCCAGAGACUUGUUGUCUAAGAUGCUGAUCAUUGAUCCCGCCAAGCGGAUAUCUGUGGACGAGGCUCUGCAGCACCCCUACAUCAAUGUGUGGUAUGACCCGGCUGAAGUGGAGGCAGCCAGGAAUCAGCACAUAUCUAUGCCUCCUCCACAGAUCUAUGAUAAACAGCUAGAUGAGAGGGAACACUCGAUUGAUGAAUGGAAAGAGCUCAUCUAUAAAGAGGUGAUGAACUUUGAAGAGAGAACUAAGAAUGGUGUGGUGAAGGGACAGCCCUCUCCCUCAGGUGCAGCCGUGAAUAGCAGCGAGAGCCUCCCUCCCUCCUCGUCCGUCAACGAUAUAUCCUCCAUGUCCACCGACCAGACCUUGGCCUCCGACACCGACAGCAGCCUGGAGACCUCCGCAGGACCGCUGGGGUGCUGCAGGUGACUAACCGCCUGCCUGCGCAACCCCAUGUUCUUCAGAAGGUGAACGGCGCGCGCAAACCCCACCGAUCUGCGAGCUGUCAAAACGUAAAAGAUAUGAAAAUGUGGUUUCCAAAAAAUACAUCUAAACGUAAAAUAUCUACCAUCGAAUUACAAGUAUGCAUUUUCAUUCAAAGAAAACGACGUCUGAAUAUGUAUAUUUAACGUUACGAAUCUUCGCUAGUUGCUUUGAAUCCCCCUCAUAUGGCAUUUCAAAAAAGAGAAAAUAAAAUAGGAGGUACAGUCACCGGGCAUCUCUGUAAAGUGUACAUUUUGACUGGCUGAUAUCUAACACUUUGCGAAUUUCUGUGCUUUAGUGGAUGUGGCAGGGUGGGCUUUUAUUUUAGUCAGCACUGUACAAUAUCGACCACCUAUUUUCGUUCUUGAUGUGAUGGUUUUUCGCUCGUGCGUACAUUUCUGGGCGGUUUCGGACAGGCUGGUGUGUUCAAUUUAAAGUGGCGCCCCCUAUCUUUUGUAUAUAUGUAAUUCUGUACAGCAGCGAGGCAAUGGGACUGUCGGCCAGUAGAGGGAGUACCUGCGCACCUUGCCACAUCACAGCUGUCACCUGUUCCCUUUUGCCUGUAGUCUUGCAUGGUCAGAGAAAAACGUAAUAAGCUAACAUAUACGAAUAUAGAGAAUCCUUGUUUAUAUAACAUUUAAAUGAAGCGGAUUUGGGAAUGAGCGUGGGGCGGUUUUCUCGCUCAAUAGGAAGCCAUUGGGGGGGUACAGCGUCCUCUCUCACUCUCCCAGCUUUGUAUAUUAAGGAUCAUUUUCAACAGUCCUGGCUUCGUAUUUGUGAAACUCACCCUAUCUACGCCCCGCCUCAUGGGCGGGGCCUUGCAUGCUGUAACUUCACCACAGAACGCCACAUUCGGACGUUUCUGUGUGCCACAGAUUUGUGUUGAAGGGGGCGUUCCAUCGCCAACGCGUUGCUGAGACGAACGCAGGUUGAAAGCAUGUGUCUCAUCCUCACCCCCCCCUCUAACAUUUCGUUCCCCGUUUGCAUCCGCAUACACUAAUCUCAUUCCUCAAAUCUGUGUUGUCUGAACUUGCUUACUACCUAGACACGGAGCAUAUAGUUAAUAAUUUCAUAGUAGGAGUUUAUUUAUGAAACCUAUUUAUUGUUGGAGCCUGAAUUUGGGAAGUGCCUUUGAUAUAAUGCAGUUUCCUCUCAUAAAACACAAAUAGGCCUACAGUAACAGUUCUGAAAGGGAAUCUGUGGAGGUGUUGCCCAGGUGGUGACUGUGUCACUGAUGGUGUCGGAUGUGCAAGGUCUGUUUACCCAAUCCCCCAAAAGACCCCCGUUCGUGUCAAUUCUUUAGUGUAGAGAUUUGUUUGUUAAUUCGGUUUUCUGAUCGAAGUCACUGUAAGUUUAGACUUGAGAACAAGGUCCAGACCCCAGAAACUACAGUGACCCCGAAAGUAUUUGGACACUUUAGCCAAAACGUAAAAAUGUCAGUUGCACUUGAUACGAAACAUCAAACCAAGUCUGCGUUAAAACUGAUUUUACUUUUCUGAUUUUCGCAGUUAACGUUGAACUGCUACCAAAAUUAUGAUUCUUUUUUUUGUUGAAAUGGAUGUAACAACAGGUGUAGUUAUAUACAUUACCAUAACUAAAAAAGUUUGAUAUUUUGUUAUCUACAUUUUAAUGCGUGGUUUAAAUGUCCACAUUUUUGGGGACACUGUAUUUUCCGUCAAUGUAACCCAAGUUAUGUAGUUUCAACUUUCAAACGCACACAACUGAUGUUUUUAGUAAUAGGUUAAGAUUAGCUUCAUUGAAUAAACAUAAUGAAGAACAACUGAAAAUAUAAUAUUUAAGUUGUACGCUUUUGUUUUGUAUUUGUCCAGUAUGAUCUGUGUACUAAAACAUUUAAAUAAAUUAAAUUGUUUUUGUAACUUAAAUCAUUUGACCUUUUAUUGCCCUACUCUCAUGUUUUUUCUGUUUAUUGUUUCAAUUGUCAUUUAUAUUUUUAAUAACACAUCAGUGUGUUUUGCGUUACCGUUUACCUUAUUCCACUAAGGUACAUGCUUGUGUUUGUUUUGAUCUUUGAAACACCUCAAAAGUAACUUUGCUCAGUUUCCUUUUUAGUUGAAUGACAAUCAAGUCACACUUCUGAAAUCAUUCAUCGACCCUUAUUUGCCAAUUAUUUUACUAAAUAAAAUAAAAUCGUUCAGGUGCUCCUCUCUUAAGUGUAAAAAACACCUCACGAUUUUGAAAGCCAUUCAAUUCUUUGCAAACGUUUGUGCAAGAAUAGUACCACAAAACCCAAAUUGCCAAUUUUUUGCCAUAAGAAUCAGCAUCAAAUUUUCAUUCGUACAAGAAGCCAUCAGAUACGAUACAAAUACAUAUCAUCUUUGAAGGACAGAGGGGUUCUGGGAGGUCUCCGGUCUCUUCUUAUUUGGCUGCUGACGAUUUUACAACAGGGUGGACACGUACACGUAAACACAGUAGCUUUUGUAUUUCAAUUGUUAGAAUUCAAUACUAAUUGUAAAUGGUUGCGUUGUGUAUCAAAUCUGUUGAUUGCAUUUCAUUUUAGAAUAGACGGACAAAAAUGUGAUUUGUCAUCUUGCAUUUUAUACUGGUUAUUUUACAACGAAAGGACCCGUUUAUGGAUAGCCGUUGGGUCACACACAAGGGUUAAUUUCUGAAUUCAACUUCUAUUUGGAAAAUGGCACUAUUUAACCAGUCGUUAUGAAAUGUGAACAACUGAUCAAUUGCUGAAAGGUCUUGCGUAAAAUGUUGGAACAAGUAUCCCAUGGUGAUGCAAGUCAAACGGUUGAAACUGUUGGGAUCAUUUGUUAGAAUGCAUUGAUUAAUGUGGAUGUCAACACUGAAUGUUCAACGUACUUUUCACACUGUUAUAACCCUGCUUCGGUCGUCACGGCGACUUUAAUGAAACCAUUAUACUGUAUAAUGGACGCUGGUUUCAUUAAAGUCACAUCAAUAAUGUCACGUAUAAUACUUACAACUCAAAAAUCAAUCAGUGAUAUAAUGUGAUGUCGCAAUAUGGUAAAAAGUACUGAAUUGUAGGAAUGAAUUAACCGAAGUGCUGUAUUGUAAAGUUUGACUUUGUCUUGUAACAGUGAAGGUGCAGUUUAUGAGCAGGAACCUUAAGAAUGAAAAUGUGCUAUUAUGAUGUCAUAAUUGAACUGAUUGGUCAAGGUGGUGACCGUAUAAGAAACAUCACGUGCACUUACAAACAGAAUUGUAUAACUUAUUCCCAUUAUUUUUCCUUUUCAAUCGGAUUAGUCAUAAUUGUCCUAUGUAGAUCCCUCAUUAUCUAAUCUUAUAUUGUCGUCAAAUAAACGCAUGUUCACUGGACAAAACAAUCCAAUAGUUCAUCUGUCAUAUUUGAAAUGAAAGUCAUAUUAGUGCAUAUUUUAUUGAAAACGAACUGCACAAUGUAUACACCAUUGAUCAAAUCAUUUCAAACAAACACAUAAAGCAAUACAAAAAGCACUGUUCAUUGCCUCCUGUCACAUUUUCUGUCUUUCUUUCUUUCUUUUUUUAGAAAGGUUACUCGGUGUCAAGUGUCACAGUAGUGCAAUAACACGACUCUAAGUGUGGAUUAUGGAUUGUUUUCCUGAUCAUGAAUUCACACCAUGUGCUACAGUUAAUGCGAUGAGUCUCAUGGUGACGUUCAGAGAGAGAGAGAGAGAGAGAGAGGUUUAAAACUUCUCUUUCUGUUCUGUCAGUGAGGCGUUGUUAUUGAGAGUCUAAGAUGGAGACUGAGGUUCUUUACGAAGUGCUUUUUGAAAUGUAAGCCCAUUUCACACGUCCUGCUCCAGGCUGUUGUUUUAAUCAAAUUAUUCUCAAAAUGCAAGAUGAGAUGGUUGGGAAAAAAUACAAAUACAAAUUAAAGAUUUAAACAGCACUGAUGGAUUGCUGUUCGCACCCAACGUUUUAAAGGUUCUGUGUAUGUAAUAUAAAUAUCUGUAUGUGACUGAAAAUAAACAACCUUUGCCC